AUGUCCGUCCACGCAAACGGCAAGACUCCCUCUCAUCCAUUCAGCGACUCGCCAUUCCGCACACGCGCCGAUCUCCAAGCAGCAUGCUGUGCCCUUCUAAACCCCUUGCUCUCCCUCUUUACCCCGGGUGGCAGUCGUGUUAAGGUCGGAUCAUCCACGACUCGGUUCGACGAAGGUGGUGCCCAAAUUGAGGGUUACGCUCGUCCUCUGUGGGGAUUGGCAUCUCUUCUCGCGGGAAACUAUGAUUAUCAAGAAGCAGCGAAAUGGCGAGAGGGUAUUAUUAACGGAACGGACCCCGAGAGCCCGGAAUACUGGGGUGAUAUCGAGGAUUUGGACCAGCGCAUGGUGGAAAUGUGUCCGAUUGGCUUUACGCUUGCGGUUGCACCACAUGUCUUUUGGGAUCCGUUGACGGAUAAACAAAAGGAUAAUGUGACCAGGUGGUUGAAUAGUAUCAAUGAGCGCGAGAUGCCUAAUACUAAUUGGUUGUGGUUCCGAGUUUUUGCGAAUCUAGGACUGCGAAGGAAUGGAGCUGCUUAUUCUCUGUCACGUAUCGAGGCUGAUAUGGACCACUUGGACACUUUCCAUGUUGGUGGUGGUUGGAGCAACGAUGGUCCUAAAACCCAUCAUCAGAUGGAUUACUACUCUGGAUCGUUUGCAAUCCAAUUCUUGCAACUUUUGUACUCAAAGCUUGCCGGUGACUUUGAUUCUGAGCGGGCUGAAAGGUAUCGCGAACGAGCAAAGGAGUUUGCAAAAGAUUUUGUGUACUGGUUUAACCCGGAUGGUCGAGCUAUCCCAUUCGGCCGCUCUCUAACCUACCGCUUCGCGAUGGUUGGAUUCUGGGGUGCCUUGGGUUUUGCCGAUGUCGAACUUCCAGCACCUUUGACCUGGGGCGUAGUAAAAGGCAUUCUACUCCGCAAUUUCCGCUGGUGGGCUACACAGCCAGACAUCUUCAACAAUGACGGCACUUUGAACUUGGGAUACUGUUACGCAAACUCAUACCUGACGGAAAACUAUAAUUCUCCCGGAUCUCCAUACUGGUGCUGUCUGUCAUUCACACCGCUGGCGCUACCAGAGACACACCCCUUCUGGACCUCAGAGGAAGAACCCUACCCGACAGCUUCCCUUCCAGAGGUUGUAGCGCUCAAGUACCCGAAACAUAUCGCCAUCCGCCGAGGUGGACACUCCUUCCUACUAUCCUCCGGACAAGCAUGCCACUACCCGAUGCGCGCAACUCAUGCCAAAUACGGCAAAUUCGCGUAUAGUUCUUCCUUUGGAUACUCUGUUCCCACCGGUGGUUACCAGCUAGAGCAGUACGCCCCCGAUAGCAUGCUUGCACUCUCUGAAGAUGGCGAGUUCUGGCACACACGGCGACUAGUCGAGGAUGCGCAUUUCGAGGAACCCGGCCAAGACGGUGUACCCGUCCUCGUUUCUACAUGGAAACCUUGGUCUGAUGUUGAAAUUGAGACUAUUCUGAUCCCACCAGCGACUGAGACCCCGAAUUGGCAUCUACGUGCACACCGUGUGCGAAGUGGCCGCGCUCUGCAGAGCUCCGAGGGCGCCUUUGCGAUCUACGGAUGUCGAAGCGAUAAUGGUCGCACUCUCGGCCCCAUGAAGGGUGAUGCAGAGGAAGGGACGAUUAGCGGCUCGGGAAGUGCGCUCGUUCUUUCGUCGGCUGGAGCUGUGGGUAUUGUUGAGUUGUAUGUUUCUGGGUUGCGGGAGGGCAGGAUUGUUCUUGCUGAUCCGAACUCGAACAUUAUUCAUGGGCGUACACUUUUGCCGUCCUUGAAUGUUGAUUUGCUACCGGGGCAGGAUCAGUGGUUUGUGACUGCUGUGUUCGCUUUACCUGGGGAUACUAGCGCAUGGCGUGCUGGUUGGGAGAAGAAGCCAAUGAUUCCAGGAUGGUUGGCUAAGCGGAUGGAAGGCUCCUCUUGA